CGACGAAUUUCGCGUUCAAAAAAAAUGUCUCACAGAAGGCAGCGAGGUCUUUCGUGACAUGUUCCGGUGCUGCGACGCUGGAAGCGGUGUGCUCGAACUGCACGAAUCGGCAUCCUCGCUAGCCCUGCUGUUCCAGCUGCUGCACAGCACGCCCGAGCCUUACGUACCUGCUGACGGGGCGGACGCUGCCAAGUCUGACGACUACGUGCACAUCAAACAGAACAUUCCUGCGCGCGCAAUACCCUUCCCGCUACUGCCGUCGCUCUUCGCGCUGGCGGAUAAAUAUGCCGUUACGCCGGCGAUUAUGCAGGUGUGCACUUCGCACCUCGCGGCGUACGCGUCGACAUACCCACUCAGGGUGUACGGCAUGGCCGUGGGCAUGGGUUCCGAUGUGAUCGCGGCCAAGACGAGCAAAUAUUUGCUGCAUCCGCCCCUGACAUCGUACUCGACCAGCGAAAUCAAGUGCAUUCCGACCGCGGAGGCGUACCACAGGCUCGCACUCUUGCACGAACAUCGUAUCAAAAGACUCCGAGAAAUGCUGAUUGAUGAAAAGAUCUUCCCCCAGGGUUACGGCGAGUGCAAAAAGCACACGCAACGGACCAAGACACUCUGGGGGGUCAAACAGGCCAUGGUUUCCGGUCAAAUUGCGGCUGCUACGGACGUGGCCGGUGAGAUGAUGGUUGACCUCGACCAGUUGUCCGGUUGUACCACAUGCUUCAAGGCGUGGGUCGCUGCGACCGACAUGCUCGGAUACAAAUGCUCCAAGGUACCCAGACGCAUCGACAAGCUCCCCACCAGCACAGAGCGGCAGGUCUAAAGACGUGUUCCUCCGCGCCGUCUACUUAUUGUGCCAGAAGAGCGUCCGAAGAUUAUUCCACCGGUCCGAGUCGCGAUAGAGAUAGAUCAUGGACUUGUGCAUCCCUGCUUGUAAUGUCUCUUCAUGCUCUUGGAACAACCACAUUACGGCACCCCAGGAGAGAGCGGCAAAUAUCGAGAAGUAUUUCGGGUCGGGGUGUAGUGGCGUGACUUUUCCAGAAGGCGGGGGAUGCGCCUUCGAAAUGUCUCUCGGCAUGGUAGAUGCAACCACUCGCGAGCAGACGUAUAGGACAAUCUGCUCAUUGAUAGCGGUGCGGUCCCCGAAUACGAAGUAACCACCCACGAGACCGGCAAUAAACGGAUCUAGCGGGUGUUCGUUGCCUUUAUGUGCCCUCUUCUGCAGAAUCAUCGUGGUCUUGUACAGCGAGACGAACUUGGCGAGGUUCAUGGCGUGCGUUAUUGUCGCCGAGAGCACAUUCUUGACUUUGGUCCGCCAAUCAGCCCUGCUGAACAGCAGAGUCAUAACCAAAGCAUGGGGGAAUCGAACCUUCGCCCCAUACACGAGCCCGUUCCGUGCGCCCUUCAGGAUGGCCCAGUAGUCAUGGUACGCCGGAUCGGUUAUGAUCUUGUGGAUUACAGCCAGCAGUGCCUGCACGUUCUCGCGUACAAGACGCAAGAUUAGAGUCCGGAGGGACCUG